UUUGUUUUGCUUCCGCAAAUGACUUUUAGGUUAUGUCGAAUGUAAAUUAUUGGCAAUUGGCAUUGUGUCAAAAACAUUCUCAAAAAUACAUAUUAUAGCAUACACACAUGAUUCUAAUUUAUUAUUAACAGUUUGUUCAAAUUUAUAAUUUUAAAAUGCAUAAACUUAAAUCUUCUCAGCGGGAAAAAGUGAAGAAGUUUAUAUCAUUUACUCAAACAGGAGAAAAUACUGCUAUAUAUUGUCUUACACAAAAUGAUUGGAAACUUGACUUGGCUAGUGACAACUACUUUCAAAAUCCAGACGCAUAUUACAGAGAUGCAAGGAAUGUGGACAAAAAGAAGCUGGAAUCUUUGUAUAAUAGAUACAAAGAUCCUAUUGAGCCUGAAAAAAUCACAGUUGAUGGAAUUAUGAAAUUUCUAGAUGACUUGGGAUUACCUCCUGAAUCUAGACUCGUAUUGAUUAUUGCUUGGAAAUUUAAAGCAGCUACUCAGUGUGAGUUCACAAGGGACGAGUUUGUGAAUGGUAUGACAGAUCUCGGUUGUGAUGGUAUUGAAAAGUUGAAGGGAAAACUUCCAGUUCUUGAGAAUGAGUUACGAGACAACUUUAAGUUUAAAGAUUUUUAUCAGUUCACAUUCAACUUUGCAAAAAAUCCCAAUCAGAAAAGUUUAGAUUUAGAUAUGGCAAUAGCAUACUGGAAUAUUGUUUUAAUAGGGAGAUUUAAAUUUCUUGAUUUAUGGUGCACAUUCUUACAGGAAAAUCAUAAAAGGUCUAUUCCAAGAGAUACCUGGAAUUUACUAUUAGAUUUUGCUCAACAAAUUGCUGAUGAUAUGAGCAAUUAUGACGAAGAAGGCGCAUGGCCAGUUUUAAUUGAUGAUUUUGUUGAAUGGGCUUCUUCCAGAUCAAAAGAACACCAACCUCACAGCACAAGUCAGUUAGAGUAGCAAAGUUUUUAUUUAUUUUUUAAUUAUAUGUUAUAUUACAAUGAGAGGUUUGAAAAUUGUUUUUUUUUUCUUAAUUUUAGGAAAUAACUUUACAAUCUUUGUGAAUAUUAAUGAAUAUUAUAGGCGUCCUAUUGCAGGACCAUUCAAUGUACAUAAUUUUCAUAUUACUUUGUUGCAAAUGAGUCUUUUAGUUUGUGAAAUUUUGAAUACUUAACUUCAAUACAUAUGUACAUUAUACAUUUAUUGAUAUAUCUGAAGAAUAUUUAUUAAAAAUAUUAUAUCUAUUAUAUUGGGUGUUUAAAAUAGCAUGUGCUAUUAUUGCAACCAGGUACUCGGAAUGCUCAAUUUUUUUUGUUGGUUUGGUUGCUUGAAUUGACUUCAAUUGAUUUUUGAUACCUAGUGCAAUAGUAGUCAUAUUGUAUUUUAUAGAUCCAUUACACCAUAUAA